AUGACCACUCUCCAAGCCACGAAGGAUCCUCUCCUCUGGGAUGUAUCUCCCACUCCUAGCAAGAUUCCUUUGCGCUCGCAGAGACGCCCACCUCUCCCCACGAGCAAGCCCUGCGCCCUGGACCAGAAGAACCAAGAUCCGAAGAGAUUGGUGCAGAAGCCGCCGUUCCGUGUUAAGCAUCCCCUUGUUGACCCAGCAGGAACCAAGCCUAAAGCCACACACCAAACAGAGAAAUCAGAGAGAUUGGUGGGAAGCACUCAGCUUCGAAGCCCCUUGAAGGAGCUCAGGCUUAGUCCUGGAGGACAAAAUGUACAGCCUGAGCCCCCUUUCCUGACAGGGGCUCCAGGGGCCAUAGAGUUUGUGGCUGACCCUGCAGCCCUGGCCACCAUCCUGUCAGGUGAGGGGGUGAAGAGUUGUCAUCUAGGGCGCCAGCUCAGUCUGGCUCAGAGAGUGCUGGUUCGUGGAAGUAAAAGAAGUACUCUCCAGAGGGGCCAGGGUGCCCGAGCCUCUGCAUACUUGGCCCCUAGAACUCCCAACCACCAACUAGAUCCUGCCAGGGCUUCCUGCUUCUCAAGGCUAGAGGGGCCAGGACCCCGUGGCCAGACCUUGUGCCCCCAGAGGCUGGAGACUUUGAUUCCACCUUCAGGAUCAUCCUUUUAUUCUUCCACUCGCCCCAGUUUCCUAGAGUUAAGAAGAGUGACAGGUGGCAGCAAACGGACAUCAUCAAGGCAGGCCUCAGGAUUGCCCCUGGAGACCCCAGCCCAGCCUGCUUCCUCUCUCCCUGAAGGAGAACAUGAAGUUGUCCCUCACUCAGAUGAAGGCAGAGGAGGCCCCCUCGGUCUGGCCCAGAGGGUACCAUUGAGAGAAUCACGCACCAGGGACAGCCAUGACUCCCACCUGACUCUCUCCACUGUCCAGCCCAUGCCUGGCCGCGUGGUGCCACCUACUGUCACCCACCCUUCACCAUUUGGAGGGGCUCAGCGUGUACCUUCUCCCCACCCCUCAGUUCCGACCUCAUAUUCCGUGUUGCGGCGCCUUGCUAUUCGCCCCAAAAUCCAGUUUACACCCAUCCCAUCAGCCCCCAGAGCUCAGCAGGGCCAAUGGGUGAGUGGUCUCUCCCCUCAGUCCUGCCCCGAACCUGAAGAGCCUUUCCUGCCCUGGGAGCAGAUUGCAGUACAGUUAUUUGACCAGGAGAGUUCUACAGGGUUCCAGGAGGAGCCUGCGAAACCUCCUGUGGCUCCUUAUGGACUUCCCCCAAACAGAAUGCCCAACCUUCAGGAGCUGAAAAUGCAGCGCAUCAGUAUCCUGCAGCAGCUGUUGAGACAGGAGGUAGAGGGGCUGGCAGGGGGCAAGUAUGCCCCCCUUAAUGGAGACUCCUCUCUGGAUAUGGAUGAACUUCAUCCCCUGCUGGCUGAAAUUUCUACAACUCUGAAUGCCCUGGAGCAUAAUUCUGGGACUUCGCACCUUCCUGGACUGUUGCAGCACUCUGAGCUUCCAGCACCCUGCCUUCCAGAGGAGUGUGGAGAACCACAGCCCUGCCCUCCAGCAGAGCCAGGGCUCCCAGACUCCUGCCCUAGGAGGAAGUCUGAGAUACCAGAGCCCUCCCCUCAACAACAGCCUGGAGUAACAGAGCCUGGACCCCUUCAACACAGCCCCCAGGAGAAGAAUGGACUCCCAGAGCCCCACCCUAGGGUAGAGCCUGGGGCAUCAGAGGCCUGCCCCGUCGAACCUAGAAGUCCAGAGUCCAUCCAACAGCCCCACAACAAUCAGUGUGCUCCAGUGCCUGCCAGCCUGAUCUCUUCCCAACACUCAUUUUGUGCCAGCCCUCCUAGCCACUCACUCCAGUCUCUGAGGCCCCCACCAGGGCAGUCAGGCCCCAGUAGUCUGGCCCCUCGAACCCUGGCCCUGAGGCAGCGCCUCAAAGCAUGUCUGACUGCCAUCCACUGCUUCCAUGAGGCCCGCCUGGAUGAUGAAUGUGCCUUCUACACCAGUCGAGCCCCUCCCUCAGCUCCCACUCGGGUCUGUACCAACCCUGUGGCUGCGUUACUGGAAUGGCAGGAAGCCCUGUGUUUUAUUCCAGUUGGUUCUGCUGCCUCUCAGGGCUCUCCAUCAUGA